AUGAGAAGUCAUGCCAAAGCUAAAAAGGAAAUCAAAAGCCAGUUCAGAUGUCCAUAUUCUUGAAAAGUUUCUACAAACUUAUGAAAGGCAUUGCAUAGGAUCCCAGAGCUGUGUCAGUACAACUAUCAAACAGGGCUUAAAGAAAUGCAUUGCAAAUGAAAUCCUUAUUACUAAGUUUGUGCUUGCCAAUGUUAAGACUUCAUUGAGAAACUUGAAGCGAGUUUCUCUUACUCCUUUGCUAAGGACUAUUCGAGAUGAACGUUAUCGGUUGGGAAAAGAGCUCUGUGUCUGGGGAAUUCAAUUAAGCCCUCAAGAUGUUGCAAACCUUGCAAUUUUACUAGAGCUGGAUGGACGUACCACCUAUCCAUUUUCUAAAUUAGAAAUAAUUCACACUGAGUUAGACCUCUGGUCCAUGGAGAGACUUGGAGUGGCUUUACCUUACAGCAAUUUGAGUUCCCUUGUUUUGGAUUAUUCCAGAUGUGGAGAUAAUGGUGUCAAAAAACUCAUUUAUGGACUGGAAGGAAACGCAAAGCUUUUAGUUCUGAGUCUCUGUUACUGUGAUUUAGGACCUGAAAGUGGAUCUCCGCUUGGAACUAUUGUAGCCCAAACUGCCAUUUGCAACCUGUAUCUUAAUGGUAACAACUUGCAGUGUGUGGGUGCAGCAAAACUCCUCAAACCAAUAGCAGACUAUGCAGAAAGCCUUAGACAAGAAAGGAGAGUAAAUGGCUUGGUGUACAGCAAUGAUACUGCUGCAGGUCAGAUUUAUAUUGAAUAA